AUGACUCGGACGGGCGAAAACCACGCGUGCCAUCUUGGCCUGUACCGUUUUGGUUUUUGCGUGCAGCUGCGUUUGGGGGGUAUAGCGGCAGCAUCGCCCGCAACGUUCCCCAAUCCCGAACCAAGCCCCCCUCCCAGGCCCCGAGCCCCUUCAAGCCCCACCCCGACCCCCAAUACGCAACUCCCACCCCCAACUCCCCCCAAGCAACCCCCAAGCCGAAGAAACGCUAAGGUGAGCAUUUGCUUCUCCAAGGGCCUUGGUGCGCCGGUGGGCUCGGUGCUUUGCGGCCCAACAGACUUCAUCGCGAAAGCCCGGCGCCUGCGCAAGGCCGUGGGCGGAGGCCUCCGGCAGGUGGGCGUGCUAGCAGCAGCCCAGCUGUAUGCUUUGGACCACAACCUGGAGAGACUCCACGAGGACCACGAAAACGCGUCGCGGUUGGCUGCUGGGUUAAAAGCCUUGGGCUUGCACGUGCUUCCAGCUCCCACGAACAUAGUCUUCUUCGACGUGGACGAGGCGCCACAAGUCGUGGCAAGUCUCGGGCAACGGGGCGUGCGGAUUUUGUGCACCGACGGCCGGCGGCGCUGCCGGGCUGUGACUCACCUCCACAUCCGCUCAAAGGACAUCGACUACUUCCUGACUCAGAUCAGCGAGAUCCUCUCGAAGGAGCUGCAAGCCCAGAGCGCUGCGAUCAGCGCUUGGCUGGCGCACGUCGGCAUGGUGCUGGCGGCGCUUCAUCCCGCGCUGGCAGAAGCCGCGGAAGCGGUUUGGCGGGGGGAGGUGCUGCUGGCUGGGCCCAAGGAGGAGAUCGGAGGGGUCAAAGGCGUGGCGGCUGGGGAGACCGGGGAGCCCCAACUCUUGCGGGAGCUGCAGCCCGACAGCUAUGAUUUGGUGCUGGAAGUGCAGUCUGAUGAGGUGCUGGCUGCAGGCUGGGAGGCAUGGUGCAAUCGCUUCUACCCGCUUGGGGGUCACUCGUUCAGCCUGGCAAACAGCUUCAUCAUCAACUUGGCCUCCAUCGCCAAAGUGCUGCGAACUGGGGGUAAGUUCAUCUUCCUCACCACGGCUGAGUCCAAAGACGAGAUUCUGCCAUUCGCAUUUCUUCAGCUGCCUCAUUUGAAGUGGCAGAUCGAGCAGCUCCCGGCACACGCAAGCGGGGUCUCGGCAGUUUGCUGCACCCUGCAGGCAGAUGCCGCCCAAGCUCUGAGAAGCACCCCCCAAGUAGUUGCGGAGCAAUGCACAGCCGAGACGUCCCGAAGAAGAUACUUCGAAGCGUUGAGGCCUUACUUGAAAGGAGAGUCGGCGGCUUUGCGCAUCCUGGACUAUGGAUGUGGCGAUGGCUCGCUGAUGUCUUGGGCGUACGAUGAAGAGAUCCUGGCCGAGGACGGGCCGCCUCCCGCGGUGACGCUGCUGGAGGCCAACCCGGAGCUGGCGGCGAGGGCGAAGGCCAAGCUUCGCCUGGCAGAGGUGAUCCAUCACGAAGGUGAGGACUGGCCCUUCGAGGACGGCGCCUUCGACGUGGCGGUGGUGGCCUUUGUGCUGCACCACGUGCCGUUGGAGGCUCGGAGGUCGCUGCUGCGGGAGGCCCGGCGCGUGGCGCGGAAAGUGCUGGUCUUGGAGGACCUGCCAGGUGCAGAGGCAGCCAGCGCCCGGCUGGCCUGGCAGGUGACCCAAGAGCAUUUCCGGCCGUUCGGCCAGGACCCCGAGGACUUCCUGCCGCACGUCUGGCCUUGGGAUCGGUGGCUGCAGCUCUUCGAUGAGGCGGGCCUGAGCUCUCGAAGCUCGCGGCGCAUUGCCGGCAGCCUGCGGUAUCCGGAAUAA